AUGAUCAAACCUUCCGAUCCCCGAUUAAAAGACAAUGUAGAAAAAGCAGCUGCAAAAGCUGAAAAAGUCAAGAAAGCGGAAGAGAAAAAAGCAGUAGCACAAGUAUCAUCCUCACUGUUCUUAUCCCAUAACACAGACUUGGGACCGCCGUACAGAGUAUUGGUCGAUACCAACUUUAUCAACUUUAGUAUCCAAAAUAAGGUCGAGUUGGUACAAGGUAUGAUGGAUUGUUUGAUGGCCAAGUGUAUCCCAACUAUCACCGAUUGUGUACUUGCCGAACUGGAGAAAUUGGGACCUAAAUACCGAUUGGCAUUGAGAAUAGCCAAAGAUCCGCGGUUUGACAGACUACAUUGUGAUCACUCUGGAUCAUACGCCGAUGAUUGUCUGGUGCAGCGUGUAUCAGUGCAGAAAUGUUAUAUAGUCGCCACUUGCGAUCGUGAUCUUCGACGAAGAAUACGUAAAGUCCCAGGUGUCCCUUUGAUGUACGUUGUCAAGCGACGAUAUCAAAUUGAGCGAUUACCAGACGGCGGAGCGGCGUUCUAA